AUGGUUACUGCCUCUGCUUCUGCUUCUGCUUCUUCUUCAGCAGCACCAAUAUUAAUGGGGUGGGAUGGUGAUGAAAAGCCACACGUUUUGGCUGUUGAUGAUAGUUUUGUGGAUCGCAGAAUCAUUGAAAAGUUACUCACCAACUCUGCAUGCAAAGUGACCACCGCAGAGAACGCACAGGGAGCAUUGGAGCUGUUGGGUCUGGCAGACGGCCAACAAAACUUCGGCAACACCGUUUCAAAGGUAAACCUGAUAAUCACUGAUUACAGUAUGCCAGGAAUGACAGGGUAUGAGCUUCUAAAAAAGAUUAAGGAAUCACCAACCGGGAAGGAGAUCCCAGUAGUUGUCGUAUCAUCUGAGCACAUACCUACUCGAAUUGAGAAGUGCCUCGAGGAAGGAGCGAAAGAGUUCUUGCUGAAGCCUCUCCGGCAAUCAGACGUUAAUCAACUGAGAUGUCAUUUGAUGAAGUUGGGAAACCCUAAUGAUGAAGGGAUGGUUUGCAUGGGAAGAUAAUCUCCACUAUAAAAGACAA